AUGACGCGGGACAAGAAGCACCUGCAGCCCAACUACUACGAGGUGCUGGGCGUGGAGCGCUCGGCGUCCACGGACGACAUUAAGGCCGCCUACCGCAAGCUCGUGCUGGAACACCACCCGGAUCGCUACCACGCCAAGUCCAGGGGCUCCGCUAGACGAAAGGAUGGCAAGGAUGCCGAGAUUCUGCGGAUUAAUGCUGCCUACGACCUGCUGAGCGACAGUUCGGCCCGUGUCAAGUACGACCUCGAGAUGUUCGGGGUCUCCGCCGCCCCCGACCACAACGACCGGGUGGUGGUGGGCGCCGGCAACUACAAGCCCAUGAGCUCCGAGGACGUGCACGAGAUGUUCGGCGGACUGAACGAGUACGAGCGCUUCACGACGGCGCAGUACCACCGACAGCGCUCGCACAUCGCGCCCGCGGCCAUCGGCAGGAGAGCCACCAACCUCGCGGAGAGGAAGCAGUUCCGUGCUGCCAAGUCCAAGCUGCCCACGCAGGGCGCGACCAUGGCGUGGCUCGCGUUCCCUGUGAUGCUGGUGGCGCUUUGGGGCGUCAACUUGAGCAACAUCAAGAACCAGUCGAAGAAGCGCUGA